AUGGAAUCCAAUUUGUCAAAAAAUGACACCACAAAGAGAGCAAUGGCAUUGUACUGUAACGCAUAUAUAGACAGAGUAAAGAUACCUCUUAUAAUUGAUUCUGGUUCUGCAGAAUAUAUUAUAUCCUUGAAGUUACUAAAGGAUUUGGACAUGAAAAUAACACAAGCAUUGAAAACUAUCAUGGUCAAUGUCAAUGGAGAAAAAAGAAGACCAUUAGGAGUAGUAACUAAUAUUCCUUUAAAAAUUAAUAACCACAUAAUUCCUUUUGACGCA